AUUCAUCAUGAUGAAAGCACAUCAACUAGGAAUUCUUCCAUUCUUGUUGUAAUAAAAUUCCAUUCUACUUGGAACAUAAGCAGCUGCUUCACAAGUAUUCCUUACAUUUUCUCUAUUGGGGGAAGAAUCCAUUGUCGUCAUGUCCUUGGCUCUUAUAGGAAAACUUGUGUGCUUUACAUUGGCUAUUUGUUCCUUUUCAGAAGGUAUACUGUAUUUAUUGGUUUAUCGCACGGAAGACUAUCAACGGAAAAUUGCGCACUUUCACGAACUCAAUCGCAAGUUGGAAAAGGAAAAGAAUGCCAUCGUUACCUAUGACCGACGUCGUGCUCAAGAAAAGAAGAUCAGCAACUUGGAAGAAAGUGUAAAAUCAGCUUCUGCUGACUUGAACCGUUCUAAAAUGAAGGUCAACUUGGCAAUAUCAGCGAUUGAUGGCAAAGCUUCCCUUUGUUCCCAUCAAGUGGUUAUGGGGAAUGACUCACCGUAACUUGGAAGGAAACGACUAUACAGACUGCUCCUUUGUCUUUCUUUAUACUCUAGCUUCCAUGUUCCUCAAGGCGAUCAUAUCUAAAGCA